ACUUGAUCYCGACGAUCAGCGGAAAAAAACUUUCGUGAACAGAAACAGGACUUAGGAUUAGCAUUGUGAUCAUGCCUUUACAUAGAGAAAGUGUUACUUUAACUUGAGCAGGUUGUAGUGAGAUGUCAUGACGACUCCGAGACGUGGUCGGAGGAAUAUCUCGGAAAACGUACGCAUUCUUCACGACAAACUGGUCAAUAUUCUGAGCGAUGAGGAUCGCGCGUAUUUCAUACGCUCACUUAACCARUAUCAAAAAGAUCGYGAUAUCAUCGAGCUUGUUACGUCUUUGAAAAGUGUUUUAGAUUCACCAAGAAAACGUGAAGUUUAUCCUCUGUUGCGGGAAAUAAUUCCGUCUGGCGAUAGACGAUAUUUUGAGAAAAGUUGGCACUCCGAAAGUCGGCCACAAUCACUCCACUCGAGUAGAGAAUGGACUUUGACAAGAUCCCGUUCACCUAACCGAACACUCGACCCGCWACAAAGACCUCAAUUCCACUCAAGUUUACCUGGAAAUCUAGACAAAUAUGACUCAGGGAUUGAUCUUCCUAACUUGAAAAAUGGCUCUCACUUGCCGAGAACUGCUCAGAAGUAYCCGAUCAGACGAAUACAUAUCAAAMGAUCRCAAGGUAUGGGUUAUGGCUUUUCAAUGCGYGGUGGUUCAGAGCACGGAAUUGGGCUUUAUGUAUCUUCUGURGACGAGAAUUCUUUGGCUGAAUAUGAAGGAUUAUUACCAGGAGAUCACAUCCUAUCCGUCAAUGACGUGCAGUUCGAUGGGUUGGCCCACAAACAAGCUGUAAAGAUAAUCAAAAGCAGCAAGAAACUCAAUAUGGUUGUUCGAUCUGUAGGCUGUAUUCCUAACACUUUUGUGGCAGAGUCAACCUACAAAUGGAUUGACCCCAGUGGACAACGGGUCGCACCACCUCCUAAUGUUGAUUCUAAUGGAAGGAAGAUGUCUAUAGAUGGAAUCCAUAGAAGUGAUUUAAGGCUGCUAGGAGAUGAUGAUGAAAGAAAGUUUUCAAAUUCUCUAUUCAUUCAGGUUAAUAUAUUUGUUGAUGAUGGCGACAAACUGGGUUUGAAGAUAAGAGGUGGUGCUGAAUAUGGUCUUGGUAUAUAUAUUGCUGGUGUUGAUUCUAAUUCUGCAGCUGACAAAGCAGGGUUGAAGUGUGGCGACCAGGUCAUGGAUGUCAAUGGUAUCAGUUUUCUCAACAUCAACCAUGCUGAUGCAGUUAAAGUCCUUAAAUCUGCUAAGAAUAUGAUGGUUACAAUGAAAGAUGUUGGACGUCUUCCCUUUGCUAAAACAACUAAUGACAGGACAAAAUGGGCCAAAGGAAAGCUACCRAAUAUCUCCUUACAGGGGGAUGCAGAAAGCAUUCAAACUACUGCCCAGAUACAUCCCAUUCCUGAUGACAGGAGAGGUACAGCAGGAAACAACAUUUGUUUUGAAAGAAGACCUGAGGAUUCAAAGUUUCAACAUGGUGUUGUGGGGUCACAACUUAUGUACAAYGGAACUGGCCCAUCACCAAAGAGUUUAACAGAAGAACAAGCACGCCAAAUAUUGAACGACAGUGAGUUUGGUACAAUGGCGUAUUAUUUGGAGGAAUACAGGAAGGGAUAUGUUACAGUGGAUUCAUUUGUGCUCGCUYUGUUUAGUCUCUUAAACACGCCUGCUAAGAUUUCACUACUUACAGAUAUACGUGGCUCUAUUCAUCCAAAAGACAUCGAUAGAUUUGACGAUCUUGUCCUGAAAAAGGAAAUUGAUGCAAUUAAGACUCGCAACAUGACUGUCAACGAGGAUGCUCAAUCAAUUCAUUCUGCAUACAGCAGCAGUUUAUCGAGCUACUCAGGACAAUCAUCAUCAAGUCGAAGCUCUGCAAAGAAUUCCUAUGGAGGCAUAGAUUCACGGCCUAUCACUCCUCCCCGAGUACCUGAAGUUUUCCCAUUAAAUUGUAAAUUAAWAUCUGAAAAUAAGACUCUGACAAAUGACUCCAGUAUUAGCUCCAUCAGUCUGGCUUCUCCAAAUAGUUCAUUCAAUGAUUCGCAGGAUUCUUCAUUGGAUAUACAUGGACUGUUGCCUGUUUCUUCAUCAUCUCCACGAAAUCCCAAACAAAGAAUGUCAAAUGGUGAAACAACCAAAUAUAUUCACACAGGAGAUAAUACACGAAUUGAAACUGUAAAAACACAUAACCAUCAAAAAAAGAAAGAGCAAAAACAUACAGAAAAACAUGCAAAGUCUAGCAACAUGAUUGAACAGUCUACUGAGGAUUCAGCAACUUUUAAAACUCUUUCAUCUGAUUUUCCUGAGGAAACUUUGAAGAAGGAAAAGCGUGGCUUCUCCUUGUUUUCUCAYUCGAAAGUCAGGGGGAGUUAUUCACCUAGUAAACAACACAAAGACCAUUCUACACCAAGACAAGAAGUUUCAUUAACRAAGAAAUUACAUGAGAUAGAUAGCAAUAAGACAAUAUCUUUGGAAAAGGAGUCGACUCUUGAGACUAACAAUGAAUUGACUGUGAAGAAAAGAGAUGAGGAGAUACCAAAAGAUGUUGAUCUAGGAAUUGGCAUAUCUACAGUACAUAACAAAAAGAUUUCACAAGAAUCUGACAAGAGGAUAAAUCAAGACAAUUCACUACUUGUAAGUGCAGACAGAAGAAGAAACGACAAURACUAUUGCACAUUACYUGGAAAUGAAGCAUCAAAAUCUCUGAAAACUGUUCGAGAGACAGARGUGCAUCGYUUGGAGCYAGAUGAAAGAAAUCUAGAUCCUAUCAACUUGGAGAAAGGUAAAGUGWGUGUUGGCUCAAAGGAUUCUGCUUUUGGUCCUCCAAAGCCUCCAAGAUCUUKUAAAACAACAGAAGAAAUAGCACAGAMAAAUGAGACAGAAGAYAAUGUUGAACCGAGRAAGUGUGCAUCAUAUGACAUACAUAAAGGAGAGGAUGAUGAAAGAGGUAGAAUCAAUUCAUUAGACUCCUCAAGUAUUGGUAUUUCUGUUAACAAUCUUAACAGAGAAAACCAAGAAACUAAACCUGUCACCAAUUCACCUGUGRUUAACACUAAGCCACCUAAGCCAAAACCCUACCAGGUGUAUGUGAAAGAACAAGCUUUAAAUGAAGAAAGGACAAGUGAACUGACAGAGAAAGAAGCCAAUGAGAAUUUCAGUCAACAUGGCUUUGAAAAUAAAGACUCAAUAGUUGAUCUGCACGAAGAUUAUGUUGAGGUAAAACUGGAAACUCCAGUAAAGCCAAAGCCAUAUCUGUCGGAAAAGAGAUCAGACACUGCAAAGGAAGRUCGCCAUAGUWURAAUGAGAACAACAAUAUCGCAGAACAUAAGACAGAGAGUCACAAUAUUWUACAAGAUAUUUUUGUUCAUAAUUCCCAACCAGAGAAKACUCAAGUAGAAAGCAAAGCUCAGCAACAAAAAAGUUAUGAACACKCGAAAAGAACUGCUYCCUCUGAAAGCWCAGACCAAAGAGAUGGUAUGUUUCUUGCAAUGGAGGAAUCUCAUACCAAUCGUUCAGGUUUGGAGAGAAAAACGUKUUGGGRAGAAGAGRACAGUUCAUCUUCUGAUUUCAAUUCACUGGRCCUUUUCACUGAGCUGGAAGGUGUAAGUUCCCAAAAUGACAAAACUAAUGUUACAAAGAAAAACAAUCAUUUGACCAYAUGCAAAGAACUUGAAGCUGUYGAAGAAUCYAGCAGCCAACCCAAGAGAACCAAUUCAAAUCAACCUCAAUUGCAGCAGCACAACAUUGCAACAAUGCAAUCUGCUAAACCAAACUUGUACACCAAAACAGACCCUACUAUAUCAAGAGAUGUUGAAAAAUCAAGCAACCACUUGUUCCUACAUGAGAGAACUGAGUUAAAUAAGCCUUUUAAGGAGCAAUUGCAGCACAAUGAUGCACUAGCACAAUCUGCUAAAUCAAACAAGUACGCAAAAAAUGACCCAAAUAUACCAAAAGAUGUAGAACAAUCAAGCUUUCACUUGUUCCCACAAGGGAGAACAGGCUCAAAUAAACCUUUUAAGGAGAAAUUGGAGCACAAUGUUUCACCCACAGAAUCUACUCAAGUAUACAAGUAUACCAAAAAUCCUUAUAUUCCAAGGGAUGUUGAAAAGAGAGAAGUUCCUAUGGUUAAAACUCUAAAUGAAGACCAGAAUCAGCUUGMAGAGCAGUUGCCAGCUCGUUCACUAGUUCGUAACAUGAUUGACAUMUAUAAUCACAUAGCCACAGAAGAAUGCCCCAACAAAUCCAAAGACAACGUACAAGGCUUGAACCAGAAAACUACCAACAGGAAKAGUUGGGAUGGCGUUCAUCAGUCCUCUGUCAAUAAUGAAAACAAAAAGAUGCCAUCACCUCAAAAAAAGAAAAGCAACAGUGAUAGCAAUUUAAUGAAUCUUCCUAAAGAUCAAAAGAAAAAUAUCCAAGUUAAGAUGAAAGCAAGUCAAGAACUGCUGGAUUUACAACAACAGGCGAUCAAAAGCAGAGAAUCAUCGGCAAAUAAUUCCCCAAGACACAGCAUUGACAGUGGUCAGCAACCUCGAGAUAGCAACGCCAUGGUACCGCCUGGGCUAGGUCUUGGUGGCGURUCUGAAACCCCAUGCUCAAACGCCCGGAUUGUAAUCAAAAGUGCAAAGCAUCGACAAAGUGGUCGCAUAAUGUGGAAACCCAAGUUCGCCGCAAACCUUCUAGAUGAAAGCAUAUUUCAACCCUAAAACUGAAGGACAAUACGCAGGCAGAUAAAGUGAAAAGCUACGUACCACCAGUCCAGGAACACAGUAAUAACAACGCAAGGCUUGUCCCAGAAAUGCAACUCCGAUCAUAUAGAGAUUCAAAUGCCWCUAUUGUUCAAAGUGUCACUUUGAAUGAUUAAUGAAAUAACGUUCGUAACCGAUUAACGUGCKUCCAUGCAUAAUGCGUUACGCCGUCUAUUUACGUAACAAGUUAACGUGUUCAGGUAGUGUUUGAGAUGGAGUUUUGUAAUGAAGCAACGUUCUAUGAGAUAAAAUGCUGAUUAAUUGAUAGAACGAGUGUGGUUUAUAAUUACGUGAUUGACAACAAACCAUAGGUUACAUAUCAUUCUAUGUGGUUGUGAACACGAGUUUAGCGUGAACACUAAAAGUUUUUUUUUUCACGCUCAUUUAAAAUGGCGUGGUUUAAAAACGUGAAAUCUUGUUAUUUAUACAAUAACGUGCAAAAUAUUUAUCAAGAAUGACAUUUAAUUAUGUAAUCGUGAGUGGUUUUAUUUAUUAUAAACAAUAAAGACAUAAUUUCACAUGA